GCAGUUCUUAUGAAUAUGUAUGUGCUACUUGAUAAUAAUGAAUGUGGUACAGUCAUGCAUGCACUACAAGAUAAUGUUGUGCCCUCUUUUGUCUACAGGUUGAUAAAAAUUAAAGACUGGGUGGACAAGUCUGACCCAGGUGCCUUGGUCAUUCCUUUCAGUGGGGCCUUGGAACUCAAGUUGCAAGAAUUGAGUGCCGAGGAGAGACAGAAGUAUCUGGAAGCGAACAUGACACAAAGCGCUCUGCCAAAGAUCAUUAAGGCUGGGUUUGCAGCACUCCAGCUAGAAUACUUUUUCACUGCAGGCCCAGACGAAGUGCGUGCGUGGACCAUCAGGAAAGGAACGAAGGCUCCUCAGGCUGCAGGAAAGAUUCACACAGAUUUUGAAAAGGGCUUCAUUAUGGCUGAAGUAAUGAAGUACGAGGACUUUAAGGAGGAGGGGUCUGAGAAUGCAGUCAAGGCUGCUGGAAAAUACAGGCAACAAGGCAGAAAUUAUAUUGUUGAAGAUGGAGAUAUUAUCUUCUUCAAAUUUAAUACACCUCAGCAACCAAAAAAGAAAUAAAUUUUAGUUUUUGCUCAGAUAAACAUACAACUUCUAAAAUGCAUAUAUUGGGCUUGGGGAUUUUGUUUUUAAAUUAGUUUCUGAAAUCUAAAGAAACAAAGUUAGGAGUGGGAAUCUUCUACAAACAAAUUAUUUUUAUUUGUUUUUAAAUUUCAAAAUACUGUGUACCUUCAAUGAAAUGCGAAUUGCUAAGCGUGAACAGCUUUGCUUUUCACGUGAUUAAGACCCUACUUCAAAUUGUAGAAGCUUUUCAAGACCCAUAUUACUCUCAUGAUACUUCAUUAAUCUCCAUCAUGUAUGCCAAGCCUGACACAUUUGACAGUGAAGACAAUGUGGCUUGCUCCUUUUUGAAUCUACAGAUAAUGCAUGUUUUACAGUACUCCAGAUGUCUACACUCAAUAAAACAUUUGACAAAACCA